ACCCCGCACUGCACCCACACAUGUCAGAGGUCCUUUGUACUUUUCAACAAACGGUUUUGCUUCGUGCUGGCCGCCAUGGCAACAGUGCCUUGUGGUUUCAGACUGCCGACAUAGGAAGAAAGGACAAUGCUGCUGCAGCGUGGUAUCCUCAAGGCGCAUUGUUGAACAUUCCCCUUAUAAGGCGCUCUUGUUUCCUACUCGGUGGAAUCACCCCAGCCAAUUAUGAUCUACGAACGCUACCAAAUGUCUGUCAAAUACGAUGCCCUCUCAGAUUCGGACACGAACUCCCUCUACUCUGACAUCGGAGAGCCUCACGACGAGGUCUGGUAUGAUGUCACGACAAUCAAAGCUCUGCUGAUGCAGAGGGUUGCAGCAUUCAACCGUGCCCGAGCCGUGGGUUCCGAUGAGGAUCCGCAAGAGCCACCGUCACACUCAGACGACGACGACGACGACACCGAACAAGCCAGUUCGUGGUCGGAUCACACCCACGACGAUCCCCGGGAUUUUCUGGGAGGAGAGCCAUCCGAAGAUCGUGUGGGAGUGUGGACGAAAUCGCUCAGAACGAGCCGGAUUGCGUGGUCCUCGGAGAUCCGGAUCGCCAGUCGCAACCCGAACACUGCACGUUCCAGAGAUCCUCCUCUCGAAUCCGAUGAUCUCCAAAGCGCAAGUGACGAUCCGGCCACGGGCCUGAUAGAUGAUGCGGAUAACUUUUUUGACGAUGCACUGUCGAUGGUGAUCGACGUCGACGACCCUGUCAUGGAGGAGACUCACGACGACAGCCUGAGACCCGGACUCGAACGUGCUCGUAGCAUGGUAGUCACAGGACCAAGAAAGGCAGCGGACGACAUGCACAGCGAUGAGGUGACAAGGAAAGAUAUGAAGGGGCCGGGGAAGUUGAGGCGAGCUUUCACUAGGAUGUCGAGGAGACUGAGCAGGGGUCCCACAAAAUUGGGCAUAGAUUUGUAAUCUUACUAUAGUUAUGAUCACCAGGUCACGAGAUCCCGAUACCUUGCGUCGUCGAGAUUGGAAUGUCGAGGAGUAUCGGGAAGUGCAAUGGAUUGCUUCCAGGGCCAACCGAUUGGACUGGACUCAGCGGGGCCUGCCGAGUGGGAUGAUCAGAGACAUCACAACAGCGAUGCGUUCGCUCCAAGCAUUCCUGCUGACCUUAUGUCCAGGCAUCGGGCUCGGAGCGA